AAUGGCUUCUUUUCAAAGAAUAAUUAGUUGUAUUUUUGUGCUUUUUCUUUUGUCCUUAGCUUUUGCAUGUGAAGCUAGGGUUUUACUUGAUAAUAAUGCGAAUGAAGGGUUUGUUAGAGUCAAUGGUGCACAUUUUGAACUCAAUGGAUCACCUUUUUUAUUCAAUGGUUUCAACUCCUACUGGCUAAUGCAUGUUGCUGCUGAGCCUAGUGAGAGGUACAAGGUCACUGAGGUCCUCCGUGAAGCAUCUUCUGCAGGGCUCUCAGUAUGUCGUACUUGGGCUUUUAGUGAUGGAGGCGAUAGAGCACUACAAAUUUCACCUGGUGUUUAUGAUGAACGUGUUUUUCAGGGUUUGGAUUUUGUUAUAGCAGAGGCUAAGAAGUAUGGACUUAGCUUAAUCUUGAGCUUUGUAAACAAUUACAACGACUUUGGAGGGAAAGCUCAAUAUGCUCAAUGGGCACGAAAUGUGGGAGCUCAAAUAAAUGGGGAAGAUGAUUUCUACACUAAUUAUAUUAUUAAAGAUUAUUACAAGAAUCACAUUAAGAAAGUUGUUACAAGGUUCAAUACCAUUACUGGAAUGGCUUAUAAAGAUGAUUCAACUAUCAUGGCAUGGGAACUCAUGAAUGAGCCCCGCAACCAAGCUGAUUAUUCUGGAAAUACUGUUAACACGUGGAUUCAAGAAAUGGCAAGUUUUGUGAAAUCACUUGAUAACAAACACUUGCUGGAAAUAGGAAUGGAGGGAUUUUAUGGUGAUUCAAUGCCGGAUAGGAAGUCAGUUAACCCUGGUUUCCAAGUUGGGACAGACUUUAUUAGUAACCAUUUAAUCAAAGAGAUCGAUUUUGCCACUAUUCAUGCAUACACUGAUCAAUGGUUAUCUGGUCAAAGUGAUGAUGUUCAAAUGAUAUUCAUGCAAAGAUGGAUGAUAAGUCAUUGGCAAGACGCAAAAAACAUACUUAAAAAACCAUUGGUUCUAGCUGAAUUUGGCAAGUCAAGUAAAGAUCCAGGAUACAAUCAAAAUAUACGCGAUACAUUUAUGAGCAGUGUAUACAGAAACAUCUAUAGUUUCGCAAAAGAUGGAGGAACGAUGGGAGGAAGCUUAAUAUGGCAGCUCGUUGCACAAGGAAUGGAGAAUUAUGACGAUGGUUAUUGUAUUGAAUUGGGAAAAAAUCCAUCCACUGCUGGAAUUAUUACAGGACAAUCUCAUGCCAUGACAGCUUUGGCUCAUUUGGUUCGACUUUAGAAGUUAUUAUACAUACACAUUAGAGAGCAUGGAAGAAAAUAAGUAUGCUUUAUUAGUUCCAUGAUC